UGCUCGUCCCAUCCCAGUUCCGGGCACCAUCUGAACAACUUCAACCGGGCCCAUUCCCGAUCUAUGGGUCUGCUGCCGACUCCACCGCCAGAACAGCAGAUCAACGCCGGUGAUCUGCACAGAGGUUGUCGGGUUCAUCUUUCCAAUCCGCGUUUCGUCUGCCCCCCCCCCACCCUUGGAUCUCCAAUGGCAUGUCCGCUGACCGGCUGCGCCGAUACCACUUGUUAG